AUGAAGUUCUAUUUAGAUGAUUUAUUAGUUUACUUUCCAUAUGCAUUCAUCUACCCAGAGCAAUACAACUAUAUGUUGCAUUUGAAACGAUCUCUUGAUAAUGGUGGACCGUGUAUGCUUGAAAUGCCAUCAGGUACAGGAAAGACAGUAUCAUUAUUAGCAUUGAUUUCAUCGUAUCAAGUAAAGAAUCCAAAUGUAAAGUUGAUCUAUUGUUCAAGAACCGUACCUGAAAUUGAACAAGCUGUAGAAGAAGCAAGAAAGGUACUUGCCUAUAGAAAUGCAGAGUUGGGAGACAAAGCACCAAAGACUCUUUGUAUGGCAAUGUCAUCUCGUCGUAAUCUUUGUGUACAUCCACGUGUCAGCUCUGAACGUGAAGGAAAGACUGUCGACAGUCUAUGUCGUGAUUUGACUAGUCCUUGGAUAAGAGAUAAUCCUCAAGCUGAUAAAUGUUCAUUUAAUGAAAAUUUUGAAUCAAAUGGACAAGAAAUAUUAUUAGAGGGAGUUUAUAAUAUUGGAGAUUUGAAAGAAUUUGGUUUAAAGAAUCAGAUGUGUCCUUAUUUCCUAUCAAGACGUAUUAUCAAUUUUGCAAACAUUGUCAUCUUUAGUUAUCAGUAUAUGUUGGAUCCUAAAAUUGCUUCUUUAAUCACUGCUUCUUUUGAUAGUAAUUCUAUCGUUGUUUUUGAUGAAGCUCAUAAUAUUGAUAAUGUUUGUAUUAAUUCUCUAAGUGUGAAUAUUGAUAAUAGAAUACUUGAAGCUGGUUCAAGAAAUAUAACAAAAAUAACAGGUCAAAUUGAUAAAGUAAAAGCAAUUGAUGAAAAAAGAUUAAAAGAUGAAUAUUCAAGAUUAUUAGGUGGAUUGGCAAGAACAGGAGCAUCAAAUAGAGAUGAAUUAAUGACAGAUCCAGUAUUACCAGCCGAUGUUAUUAGAGAGGCUGUACCUGGUAAUAUUAGAAAGGCAGAACAUUACCUAUCACUGAUGAGAAGAUUUAUGGAUUAUCUUGCCAAUAGAUUAAGAUCACAAACUCUUAUAUCAGAGAGUCCAAUGGCAUUUUUACAGAGUCUCUAUCACACCACUUCGAUCAAUGCCAAAACACUUAGAUUUUGUUCACAACGUCUAAGUUCUCUACUACGUACUCUUCAGAUAUCAGAUAUCAACCAAUUCUCUGGUAUAGGAGUUAUUGCCGAUCUUGCAACUCUUAUUGGUACAUACAACAAGGGUUUCCUCAUUAUUAUAGAACCUUUUGAUCAAAGAUCACCAAAUCAAUUUGAUCCAGUAUUUCAAUUUUGUUGUUUAGAUGCAUCAAUUGGUAUGAAACCAAUAUUUGAUAAAUUUAAAAAUGUUGUUAUUACUUCUGGUACUCUUUCACCAUUGGAUAUCUAUACAAAAAUAUUAAAUAUUAGACCAACCACUGUUGAAAGAUUACCAAUGAGUCUUAUUAGAGAUUCAAUUUGUCCAUGUAUUUUAACAAGAGGUAGUGAUCAAAUUUCAGUUAGUACAAAAUUUGAUGUUAGAAGUGAUACUACUGUAAUUAGAAAUUAUGGAUCAUUGUUGGUCGAGAUGUCAUCGAUUGUACCCGAUGGUAUUAUUUGCUUUUUUACAAGUUAUUCCUAUAUGGAACAGAUUGUGUCGGUUUGGAAUGAAAUGGGUCUUCUCAACAAGGUACUCAGUAACAAGCUGAUUUUUGUCGAAACAUCUGAUCCUGCCGAAUCGGCACUGGCUCUACAAAACUAUAAAAAGGCAUGUGACAAUGGAAGAGGUGCUGUCUUGUUGUCAGUGGCUCGUGGAAAGGUUUCAGAAGGUAUCGAUUUCGAUCAUCACUAUGGUCGAUGUGUCAUUCUCUAUGGUAUUCCAUACAUCAACACUGAAAGUAGAGUAUUACGUGCUAGAUUAGAAUUCUUGCGUGAUCAAUUCCAAAUCAAAGAAAGUGAAUUCCUUUCUUUUGAUGCUAUGAGAACUGCUUCUCAAUGUGUUGGUAGAGUUAUUAGAGGUAAAACUGACUAUGGUAUUAUGAUUUUUGCUGACAAGAGAUUUAAUAGAUUAGAUAAAAGAAACAAAUUACCACAAUGGAUAAAUCAAUCAUGUAAACCAGAACAUUUAAAUCUUUCAACAGAUAUGGCAGUUGGAUUGUGUCGAAAAUUCCUUAGAGAUAUGGCUCAACCAAUCCCAAGAAACCAACAACUUGGUAAAGUCUUGUGGAGUAUUAAAGAUGUUGAAAAACAAGAACCAAGUAAAAAUCAAUCAUCAUCAACUACAACUACUACAACUACUACAACUACAAAUAAUAAUAAUAAUAAUAAUAAUAAUAAUAAUAAUAAUAAUAAUAAUAAUAAUAAUAAUAAUAAUAAUGGUAAUACUGCACAAAAUGGAAAUCAUUAA